AUGUCGUCGACAGGUAUCCUGCAGGUGGUCAAUGGUGACGGUGAAUUCAAUGAACAAGGCGUCAAUGACUUUGUGGAGCGGCACAACAUAAGGGAUGUUGGAGUGGGGUACCAAGUGGUGGCCAUCACUGGUCCUCAGAGCAGUGGCAAGUCGACACUAAUGAAUGCCUUGUUUGGCACCACUUUUGAGGAGAUGGAUGCCAUGAGCGGGAGGCGCCAGACAACAAAGGGAAUCUGGCUGGCAAAAGGACAGAAGAUCGAGGAGCCUUCCACCCUCGUCCUUGAUCUGGAAGGUAGCGACGGGCGGGAGCGCGGCGAGGACGAUAACUCCUUUGAGCGUCAGAGCUCGCUGUUUGCUCUGGCGGUGGCAGACGUGCUCCUUGUGAACAUGUGGGCCAAGGAUGUGGGCCGUGAGGCUGGUGCAGGCAAACCACUCCUCAAGACAAUCUUCCAGGUCAACCUGAAGCUGUUCACUCCUGCGCCCAACAAGCGGCGCACAGUGCUGCUGUUUGUGUUCCGGGACCGCACCAGGACGCCCCUGCAGCGCAUCAUAGAGACUUGGGAGGAGGACUUGAGGCAGAUGUGGGUCGCCAUCACCAAGCCGCCCAACUAUGAACAAUACUCAUUCACAGAUUUUUUCGAGGUGAAGUACUCGUCGCUGCCCAACUUUGAGGAGAAGGAGGAGGACUUCCGAGCAGAGAGUGUCAUAUUGCGGAGGCGCUUCUCUGAGGAAGGAGAUGACACUCUGGUGCGGGUGAGCAAUGACAAGCUGCCAGGCCACGCGCUGGCCCUCAGCUUGCAAAAGGUGUGGGAGAUCAUACGCGACCAGAAGGACCUCAAUCUGCCGGCCCACAAGGUAAUGGUGGCGAACAUACGCUGCGCGGAAAUAAUGGAGGAUCAGCUGCGCGCCCUGGCGGAGGACCAGGCCUGGCUGGGGCUGCGCCAGGAGGCUGCCACUGGCCUGGUGCCCAACUUUGGCACACGCGCCGCCGCCUUGCUGGACUCCUGCCUGUCGGGGUAUGAUGAGGAGGCCAGGUAUUUUGAGGAGACUGUGCGGCGUGCAAAGGAGGAAGAACUGAUCGUGCGCUCGCAGCGCCUGGUGGCGGCUGCUUUCGCAGACCAGCUGGGACUCCUGCGGCAGGCCGCCCUGGCGCGCACUGUUGCAGCGCUGGCCCAGCCUGACGCACAGCAUGAAUUUGCUGCAUGCGCCUCCAGGUGCGCUUCCGCUGUCAAUGAGGGCCUGAAGGCUGUGGUGGUCUCUGGCACCAAGUGGGACACAGUGGAGGUUGUUGAGCAAGUGUCACGCGACAUCGAUGCUCACAUCAACAACCUCCGAGCUCAGAAGGUGGCUGAAAUUGGGUCGAGGGCAGAGAAGAGCCUGGUGGCAGGCCUGGCUGGCCCUGCCAGCGCACUGCUGGACAGCUGCCCCUUAGACCUGUGGCCGCGGCUGAGGCGACUGCUCGCUUCCUCCCUGGGGAAAGCAUCCCAGGUGGUGGCGGAGGGGCUGCAAGGAUAUGAGGUGCCAGGGCCGGACCUGGACGCCCUGCAGCAGCAGCUGGAAGCCUUUGGACGGGCGCGCGUCGAGUCUGCAGCGCGCGAGGCCGCCCACACCGCCCUCCCCCGCAUGAAAGAGCGCUUUACUGAGGUGUUCUCGAAGGACGAGGGGGGGAUGCCGCGCAGCUGGGGUCCGCGCGCCAACAUCCCUGCGGCCAACCAGAAGGCCCGGCUGGCGGCCGCGCAGCUCCUGGCCCAGCUGGCAGUCAUGCGCGUGGACAGCCCACAGGAGUCUGAGGCGGAUGUGGUGGAGAGGGCAGUGCUGGAGCAUGCAGGGGAGGGACCCAGCACCAGCGGCGGCGGCGAGCCCAGCAAAGGGGCGGCGGCUGCAGGCGCUUUCGACAUGGUGGCCGCGUCAGAGUGGCCGGCCCUUGCAGAGGAACUGGUGCUGCUGAGCCCUUCGCAGUGCCGCACUCUGUGGCGCCAGUUCUCAUCAGACACCAGCUACGCCGUCCAGCAGGCUCAGGCGACGCAGGAGGCCAACCGAGCAGCGAGCAAUCGCUGGCCGCCCUUCUGGGCCAUCGCGGCCAUGCUCGUGCUGGGCUUUGACGAGAUGCUCGCCGUCCUGUACAACCCGCUCUGGCUCAUCCUCGCCCUCUUCCUCUUCCUGUUUGGGAGGACCGUCUACCAGGAGCUGGAUGUGGAUGCGGAGAUGCAGAGGGGGCUGCUGCCGGGCGCGGUGGCGCUGAGCGGCAAGUUUGUGCCGGUGCUGCAGAGCGUGAGCCAGCGCACGCUCAACACCGCGCGCGAGUUCCUGGCCGAUCCGAGCGCGCUGUCGGAGCGCGUGCACGACGGCCUGGCCGCCACCGGCAACGCCAUGCGCGAGCACAUCGCGCCCGACGCCCACAGCGCCACUGCCGGCCCGGGCAGCACUGCAGGCGCAGGCGGUGCGAGGGAGGCAUCGCGCAAUGGGUUGAGCGAGGCGGGUGUGCGCAAGCGGCGGGCUGGCCUGGGCGAUGUGGAGAUGACGGAGCGGUCAGAGCAGACAGAGGCCAUGUUGCAGUGAAAUUAGGGGAUGCAGUGCACACCAUCAAGGCGCCACUGAAACCGAUAGACACAGUGAGGUUAGGACAUGCCCUUGGAGUCAUGGUGGUCCAUAUGGGUGGGUUAUAUUUACGUGAUUGUAUGGUAAUAUGACGGGUUCCCUUGUCAUGUCAUGUAACCUUACAUAUGGUGUUC